UUUAAAUCCCAAGCAAUAGCCCUCGGAGAUACCUUAAAACGGAAGGUUCGCACGGAUGGAGUUCUGUUGGGAUGAAGUUUGGAGCUUUUCAUGGAGCCAGCUGGAAGUGCAGAGGUGAUGGGAAGCUUUUGCAGAUGCUGGACUUGCCUCUGUGGAUGUGUGCUGAGCUCUCGCUGCAGGGGACUGUCAGGCCUGAACGGCUUGACUUUUGCAAUCUGAAGCUGACAAGGCCCAAGGCUCUGUCCAGCUGCCCAGGAACAAAAGGGUCCUCCCAGGGUCGAGGCACGUUCCCAGAGCACAGAGGCACCCCUGGAGCUCGUGUGUGGGGCUGGCAAGGGCUGCCAGGAGGACGCAGCCCCCAGGCAGGGUGGCGGUGGCAGUGACAGCGGCAAAUUCCCAGGGUCCGAUGGAACAGCAGAGAGACAAAGGCCAGCAGCGCACGGGACCUGCAGCUGCUCCCUGCCCUGCCACACCCCAGUGGGAAAUCUCCAGGGGGGCAUAGAAACUCGCAGGCUGCACAAAAUGCAGCAUCUGUCACCCUGAUCCUGCCUGAACUCAGCAUGUGGGGCCAACUCUCCUCCUACCCCCAGGUCGACUGGCUCACAGAGAAGAUGAGGGAAGCCAACUUCACCGUUUCAUCCAUGCACGGGGACAUGCCCCAGAAGGAGAGGGAGUCCAUCAUGAAGGAGUUCAGGUCUGGUGCAAGCCGAGUUCUCAUCUCCACGGACGUUUGGGCUCGGGGCCUGGACGUGCCUCAGGUGUCGCUGAUCAUUAACUACGACCUGCCCAACAACAGAGAGCUCUACAUCCACAGGAUCGGCCGCUCGGGCAGGUACGGCCGCAAGGGCGUGGCCAUCAACUUCGUGAAGAACGACGACAUCCGCAUCCUGCGGGACAUCGAGCAGUACUACUCGACCCAGAUCGACGAGAUGCCCAUGAACGUCGCUGAUCUCAUCUGAAGCCCGUGGCCAGCACAAGUUGGGCCACCUGGUCCCUCCAUCGCUCUCUUUUGGACCCACGUCCUUUUAUCCUAUUUUUGGUCGUACGUUCUUGAGCUGAGCUGAGCUGCCCUCGGGAACUUGUGUAAAUAUUGUCUGUACUCCCACCCACGUUUUUCAAUAAAAAAAGGAAGUUUGACCAAA